CCAACUACCAAUGCAUGGAUAUUAUUGUUCAUUAUUGUUCAACUUUUACGUGCUCUUCAAAUUGUCCAUAAAGAAGGAAUUGCUCAUCGUGAUUUGUCGACUACCAAUUUCGUGAUGGAUAUUCCUGGCGACAGUUCAACCUUGCUUGAUGAUUCACCACGAACAAAAGUUUAUUUGAUUGAUUUUGGAAAAGCUGUGUUUACAAAACCGAAAGACACUCAAUAUUGGUGGUUACAGCAAGAGAGCGCAUAUAACCGAGGAUUUGAAAUGUAUAAAAAUGAAGUUCAACCAAGAAAUAAGGAUGAAUUAGCGGUUUGGUGUAAGAAUCUGCCAUUAACGAUGGCGCGGCCGGAUCAUGGCUAUCGAUUGUAUCGUUCAAUACAGACUUUGCCCAAGACGCAGAGGGACCGCAAAUUACUGCCUUAUCUAAUUGAUCCUAUAGCUGAAGAUGUUUAUUCAAUGGGUGCGCUUAUUUGGAAGAUAAUUUCGGGUAUGGAGCCUUGGCCUGGCGUAUUCGAUAUAGACCUAAAAGCGUUGCGUGAAAAUGUUUCCAACGACGAGUCUAUUGAUCGAAUAAUCCACAGGGAAACACCGGGGCCUACGAGUGCACAGCUUUUGAAGAUGUUUUUGCGCGUUAACCCUGAAGAUCGUUGCUCUAUCACUGAAAUCCUCGGCUGGCUCGAGCGACCUGCGAUACGCAAGGCGUUGUUAUGUGAAUGGAAU